AUGUAUCUGACAUUUGUACUUCACGAUGAAAGCCACAUAUCCACUGAUAACCUCUGGCAGAAUGGCACGCCUAUCAGAUCAGAAGAUGGUGAUUUUGACAGCAGUGAUUCUGACGAAACUGACACUGACGAUGAUGCAAGUGAUAUGGAUCUUGAAUUCAAUCAUCCUGGAACUGAUUCUGAUCCAGAUGAUCCAAGAGAUUCCGACAAUGAUUUGGAUGAUUCAGACGGUGAGGAAUCAACUGAUUCCAGAGAUGACAAUGAUUUGGAUGAUUCAGACGGCGAGGAAUCAACUGAUUCCAGAGAUGACAAUGAUUUGAAUGAUUCAGACAGUGAAGAUUCAACUGGCGAUGAGUCCGAUGAUCCAUUCCAACCCAUCCAGAGUAAAUUCCAGAACGGAGGUGAACUGAAAGGCUGUUACUUCCAAGAUGAAUCCGACGAAGAUAGCACGGAUUCUGAACAGGAAUGUGGGGUCGAGGAAGGGAAACAAAAGGUCAAGGUCAAAGGUCAACUGCCUGACCUGUAUCACCAUGGCAACAGUUGGCUUGGAGAUGGCCUCUCUAGUGAGGAUGACAGUGACGAUGACAAAGAUGGGGAUGAUUAUGAUGAUGAUCUUCACAACCUCAGUCCACCUUUUCAACCAGGUGGUGUUCAAAGGCCACCAAAUGUUCUACCAAGGACUGAACUUGAGCCUAUUGCAGUCCUGGAUGCAGCGGAUUUCAUUGACCCUCCGGACGGCCAGACAGUCCUGGGUCGUGGAGCCUUCGGAGAGGUCACCCUGAAGUACCAGCUCUCGACCGGCCGCUGGGUGGCGUACAAGUCACUCCUGAGAGACGACGAUCGCAACAACGAUCGCGACAACGUCAUCCUCGAAGGACAAGCGAUGCAGAUGCUUAGCAACCACACCUCGUUCCCGAAAGUCUACGGUGUGGUGCUCCGCGACAGCCAAAAGGCCCUGGUUUCUGAGUUUCUUGGGGACGAGCUCACAGCGCGCCCACUGACACUCACUGAUGCUUUAUAUGGAGGGCGCCCCCUAGAGCUCACACAGGACGAGUGGUGUAAAAUUGCACUGGACAUCGUCGAAGGGGUUCGGUACAUGCACCGGUGCAACCUGCUCCACAUGGAUAUCAAGACCGACAAUAUUUUACUGGUUGAGGGCGCUGAUCGCUGGAGCGCACGAAUCAUAGAUUUUGGAGAGUGCCGCCAAUCGCGGGUGCCACUGGUGCUUCCCCUCGAAGUGGCGGAGUCGGACACAAACACCCCUCUGGAGGGAAUGGUGGCUUCCAAGGUGCACUGGACCACAUGCAGUGAUAUGUAUGGGGUUGGGGAGACACUCCGCCUUAUUGGCCAGCACGGGAACGUUCCAUUGCUCGAGGAGAGGGGAGCAGAGGUCAAGAAGACAAUCCAGUGGUGCUCCGGAUACAUAAAGCUCCCCAAGAUCGAAGAUGUGAGGGUCCAACUGCUGAAUAGAGGCAAGAGUCUGCCAGGAGUUGGAUAUUGA